AACUAUUUAAACAAUCAUUGCUUAACAUCUUGGCAAUAGACAAAGUGGGUUUAGACAUUCAAAACGAAAUCUUUCUGUAAUUAAAGAUGGCUUCAAGACCUAAAGGUUUUGGCAUGACGGCUGAGCUCCAGAAAAAGGUCAGAAGAAUACAUUUGUCAUCAAUGCUAUUACUGAGCGACUAGAUUGUGUAAUACGAAACCUUAAUAGCUUUAGUCAACUUUUGAAGAUAUUAACCUUUGAUAUAAAUACCUCGGCCCUAGUGGGUCGUUUAAUAAGUGAAUAAAGUUUCUUAAUUACUUAUUAUCUAGUACUAAAAGGUAAGAGUAUUAAAGGGAUAUUACAUGGAGAACUGUUCCAACUUGUCGGUUGUAUAUGGAUUAAAAUUUGCUGUAAUUUCGUAAUCCAUUAAUCUCCGAACAUUCAUGCAUAUAUAUUUUUUACUGUCGUAAAAGCGCAUUUCAUUUUCAAUAUACUUCCAGUGUUCAAAUUAGGGCUAAAUAUUGUAACAAACAAGCGUUGUAGUUAUUAAUUGUAUUAUUAAUGUAUUAGAAUUUAAAUUAUUUGCCUCAAUAUAAAUUUUCAUAUUGAGGACCAGCUUUCAAACUCCAACAAACCCACACAGGCACCAAAAGGUAACAGUCUACUGUAGACACCAAGCUACCAUAGUCCCUUGUGACCUAACCUGAGUAUCAGGCUCUAUUUUACAAAUAGAGCCUGACACAAAACUUAACCUGAUCGCUUUCCGCCCACAGCAAAGUUUAUAUUUAGUAUCCAAUCAAAAUGUCGCAGGAGAAAUUUAAAUUUCACACAACGACAACAACAAUCUAAUUUUAGCAUAGGCAGCCCACUAAACGGCUGAAUUUAAAUUAAAACUGCAAUGAACUUAUAAAAUUAACAAAAAUAAUCACAAAUUAUCGAAAUAUAUUGCAAAUGUAGCUUAUAUUAAAUCGCCACCCGAUUGCUCUCUCCUCCGCAGAGGUUUCAGUGACUACAAUGAGCUUUACAUGGCGCUUGCCGUAUUUAUCAACAAACUGACAUAUAAUUAUAAAGUAUACUUUAUAACUAUACGUCAGUCGAUAGUGCAAUCUGAUGGCGAUUUAAUAUAAGCUACAUUUGCAAUAUAUUUCGCUAAUUUGUGAUUAUUUUCUAAUUUUACUGCAGUUUUAAUUUAAUUUAAAUUCAGCCGUUUAGUGGGCCGGCUAUAAUUGUAGUUGUGAUCGUUAUAAAAUAUAUCAACAACAAUAGUAUAAUCUAAUUAGCACCAGCCAAUCAAAUGACAGAUUUAAAAAUCGUUUGUCUAAUCGGCCAAUCAGCGCUCAGUCCAGAUUCUGGACUGAACAAACCAGGCAAAAUGCCACUUUUGUGUCAGGCCGUACUUUUCUCCCCUUCGCCCACGAUCAGGCGUGCCUGUGCCCUAAAAAGUACGGCCUGAUACUCAGGUUACUUGUGACCCUUUGGUGUAGUUCAAACAUCUAACUUUUUUAUUUCAACCGUUGGGUCAUUACACAAAAGUUUCAAAUUUCGCCCACAGAGGCAUUUCUGAUGCCCAGUGGGGGAGGGGAAAAAAAUUGUUUCCAGUAAAGUGUAUUUGGACAUCUGAACAGGGUAGGGGGGUUAACUUCCAAUUUCCUCUGUGGGGGAGGUAUUGAUGUUUUAUGUACGAUGACCAUUUUACGAGGGUCUAGAUGGGGGGUCUGAAAAUCAGUAAACAGUAAAAAUUUUGGUAUUUUAACGGUAACAUUAAGUAACAUUUUGGUAUUUUGACAGUAAUCUUUGAAAAGUGUUCUGAAACGAUAAACAGUAUUUUUUCCUCACAAUUCACGCUAAAUUUUUAGUGUUUUCACGACCGACGGUAACCGAAAUUGAGUGAAUCAUGACUCACAAUAUACCCCAUCAACACCCUUUUUUACUUUUAAAACUCAUGGUUGUACUUUCACUAAAUUUUUAGAAAGAUGCAAAAUUUGAUCCAGCCUUGGAAAGAGAGGCUUUAGACUUUGUCCAAAGCAAGACAGGGAUAAGUUGUAGUGGAGGUGUGCACGAAUGUUUGAAGGAUGGUGUUAUUUUGUGCAAGUAAGCAUUGAUACCAUUCUGUUGUACCAUAUAGUGAUUGGUGAGUGAGUUUAUAGUAUUUUCAACUGAAUUUUGUUAUUUAAAUUUGUUUUAGACUUGCAAAUGCAUUAAAACCUGGAUCUAUUAAGAAAGUUAAUGAAUCAAAAAUGGCUUUUAAAAUGGUAUGACCAACUGCCAAAGAAAUUCAUUUUAUGUAUCCAAUUUAGUGGCGUAUUGAGGGGUGCUGCCCUUUAAUUAUCAUAUUUUAUAUCCGUUGUAUAUAUAUCUUUACAAUGCAUGUUUUUUGUUGUCUAGAUGGAAAACAUUGGCAAUUUUCUGGCUGUUGCAGAGUCAUUGGGAGUUGCCAAGAAUGAUUUAUUCCAAACUGUUGACUUGUAUGAAGCCCAGAAUAUACCACAGGUAAGUACUUUACUACUUUUCUCAAACUAUUUAUGUGUUAACAAUAAUAAUAAAAGAUUUAUGUAAACAUGAUAAUAAUAUCACAGCAUAGCCGAUGCGCAUGGUUGUGCGACUACCGGUAAUACUUAAUGCAUUACCAGGUGACUGUAUCUGUAUCGGGUGACUAAAUUGCUGACCUGGAACAUACGACUUGACCUGUAGUGAUAUCUAUUUUUAUUUAGGUUAUUAAUGGAAUCUUGGCAAUCAAAAGAAAGGUAAAAAUUGUGUACAAAUUAAUUUGCAGCCAUUAAGCAACACUCUCUCCUUGAUGAGCAAAAUCGUCUAGCAUUAGACAGAGUAAAAUAAUGAAGUGAGGUGCAUUUGGGUGGAAAUUGCAAUUUUGACAGCAUUAUGAAUUCAAACGUUUUGUUGGAAAUUCAAUAAACUUUGCCCUGCAACCACUGUUUCUGAAAAGGAAAAUAGUGAGACGAGAUUCAGUAAAAUUUAACUUAAAGUUCACAUUAUUUUGUUAUCAGGUUACUGGAGGUGAAUCCACACGAAAUGUUCGAAACUUCACUGACGAGCAAUUGAGAGCUGGCCAGAAUGUAAUUGGGCUGCAGAUGGGCACAAACAAGGGAGCGUCACAAAAGGGGAUGACAGCACCUGGUGCUUCAAGACAAAUUCGUCAUGAAGAUAAUAUGGAUCGAAGUUAAAACUCUCAAGACAUACAUUAUUUAAAACUAUUCACUUCUUGCUAGGGGAUCCAAGUUAAAAACUCUCAAGACAUACAUAUAUUAACACUAUACACUUAUUGGUUGUAAACGCUUGGUAUAAACAAAUAAAAUCUCACU